AUGUUCGGCUCUGUGCUGCUCUGCUAUUGGUCCUUCAGCCUGCUGCGUCUCUCCUCCGCCCUCGUUCAUGGGAACAUCCAGCUGGACGACGACCGACGCACCGACGCCUCCUACCUGUCCGACAUCGGGAGAGGCCACGCCCCUGAGCCCAUUCGUGACCCCGCCCUCCUGCCUGCUGACUCCAUGGAGGAUGACUUCCUGAUGGACACGGGCUCCUACGACGAGGACUCGUCGGCCGCCCUGCAGCUGCAGGGGCGGGCCAUGCGCUCGUCUCGCCGCUGCAUCCCUCACCAGCAGUCGUGUCUGGGUUACCCGCUGCCCUGCUGCAACCCCUGUGACACCUGCUACUGUCGCUUCUUCAACGCCAUCUGCUACUGUCGCAGAGUCGGCCACGCCUGCCCCCCCCGACGCACCUGA